CGGGAUGCUAAAUCACGCGGCACUCUGCGUAUAAACCACUCGCUAUCCCAAAUCACAAACACGUUGAUUUAAUUAUGUGCGCUUAAUAGAUUGUUAUCGCACCAACAGCUGCCGUGAGUGUGAAUGGAAAUCGAUCAAAAUUGGCUUCCUCUUUUGCUAGCGUCUGUCCGACUCUGAGCGAGCGGCAAGCUUGGAAGCUGGCAUCUUAAAAAAAAGGAAAAAAAAACCAAUAACAAUGUAAACCUUAUGUAGGUGGACGCCAUGUAUUGUAGUUUUCACACUAAAACCACGUUCUGGAGUAAUUUCUUGAUCUCGUCAAGUGUUAUCCGUGGGUCGUAAGGCCGAAAGUAUAGACAUUAAAUAGUUGUCUGAGUUGUAACACACAAUGUAUUGCACAAAUCUAAUGUUGAAGGAAGUACAGACGUUAAGACCCACCAUUACAGAAAGAUAGUUUGCAUUCUGUCAUGUGUGACCGACCCUCUUCAUUGUCCAGUGUUACAUUCUGCUCUGCACUGUUAAAUUAGUUUUGCUAAAACACCUCCCAUUUGAUAAUUCAACCCCCAGGCACAAUUCAUUAAACCUUUGUUUGAUACUCUUCAGUAGCGGUUUCACAAUUCAUUGAUUAAUCAGCUAUUUUGACAAUCAAUUAAUUGUUAAACAAUACCAACUAAACAGUCAGCACACAGUUUAUAAAACGGUAAUUGCGGAAACAAAUAUUUUGCAAAUGACUUUAAUAAAAUAUUUUUGAAUUUGAUUCAUGGAUGGAAUAGAAGGAGCGAUAGAAUUAUAAUUUCUAAAAGUAUUUAGUUGUGACACUGACAGCCCAAGUCUUCGGUGAAUCUAACAUGAAAGUGUGAGGAAGCCAGAGUACCUGGAGAAAACUCACAAAAUCACAAGCGAGAACAAUCAAAUUCCACACAAAAAGGCCAGAUCCCAGAUCUGAACCCGCAACCUUAGAACUAUUAAGCCGCUGUGCUAGCCACUAUUUCACCAUGAUGCCUUUUGUGUUAGCCCUUAAUCAUAAAGGUCUCGAAGGGCUUUACAAGCCCACAGUUCACAAAAUUAAUGACACCCCCUGGUCUAUUGGGCAAGGGAGACUCUUAGAAAAUCUAUUAAGUACCAGUGUGACGAGAUUUGCCCCAUAUUACAUUCUGUCAAAAUGCUGAGUCUGGCUGGAGUGGCCACUUCAACCUGAAUACAGCGCACAGAAACCUUUGAAAAUUGGAUGAAAGGUUUCGGAGAAAUGUUGUUUUUUCUGUUGGAAAAAAAUAUCCUUGGCUGGGACGGAAGACGACUGGUUGGCACAUCUGCCUCACAGUUCUGGGGACCGGGGUUCAAAUCCCAGCCCCGCCUGUGUGGAGUUUGCAUGUUCUCGCCGUGCCUGGGUGGGUUUUCUCCGGGUACUCCGGUUUCCUCCCACAUCCCAAAAACAUGCGUAGUAGGUUGACUGGGGACUCUAAAUUGCCCAUAGGUGUGAAUGUGAGUGCGAAUGGUUGUUUGUUUCUAUGUGCCCUGCGAUUGGCUGGCGACCGGUUCAGGGUGAACCCCGCCUCCCGCCCGAAGAUAGCUGGGAAAGGCCCCAGCAGUCCGCAACCCUACUGAGGAUAAGCGGUCGGGCUGACUCGCUUGCAGAAAGCAACCACAACCUCCAACCUUCAGCCACAUCUGCAAGACGUAUUUUUGCAGAAGUCUGCUUUUCCUCUUUGUGACUUUUUCCUCUUAAGAUGAAGCUAAAGGAGGACAUCAACCCCCUGCUCCUGCAGGUGUUCCGCUCUGUGGUCUGGGUCUACUCAGUGAUCACCUUCAUACCCUGGUACUUCCUCUCCGGGGCCAGCAACAACUUGGAACGGGCACGGCGAAUCAAAGCGCGCUCAGUUAGCGGACACCCAGCCGGGCCGUACAGGGCCAUCAACAGCCAACAGGAGCUGGUGGCGUGGCUGCACCCAGGGGUGGACACGCUGGAUAAAGUGUUUGAAUAUGCAACCAAGAGGUUUCCCCAGAGGGACUGUCUGGGCACCAGGGAGGUGCUGAGUGAGGAGGAUGAGCUCCAACCCAAUGGGAAGAUCUUCAAGAAGGUCAUUCUCGGGAACUACAACUGGCUGUCCUACGAUGAGACCUACCAGGCGGCCAGGACAUUCGGAAGCGGUCUGGCGGCUCUUGGCCAGAAGCCUCAGUGCAACAUUGCCAUCUUCUGCGAGACCAGAGCCGAGUGGAUUGUGGCAGCGCAAGCCUGCUUCAUGUACAAUUUCCCAUUCAUCACAUUGUACGCCACUCUCGGACCCUUAGCCAUCGCCCACGGUCUGAACGAGACUGAGGUCACGCACAUCAUCACCAGUAAAGACUUGCUGCAGAGUCGUCUCAAGGCGAUAUUGUGCGAUAUUCCGAGGCUGCAGUACGUCAUCGUAGUCGACAAGAAGCUGUCGAGCUGGCAGGACAUCCCUAGAGGCAUCACGAUCCACAGCAUGGAUGCUGUUAAAGAGAUGGGAUCCAGGCCUGAAAACUUAGCGAGAGACCGCAGACAGCCACAGUCGUCGGACAUUGCUGUCAUCAUGUACACCAGCGGCUCCACGGGCAUCCCCAAGGGUGUCAUGAUCUCCCAUGGCAACAUCAUCGCCGGCAUCACUGGGAUGGCAGAGCGAAUCCCCAACCUCAAUGAAACGGACACCUACAUUGGCUACCUGCCGUUGGCCCACGUUUUAGAGCUCAGUGCCGAGCUGGUGUGCAUCUCUCACGGCUGUCGCAUCGGCUAUUCCUCCCCGCAGACUCUUGCCGACCAGUCCACCAAAAUAAAAAAGGGCAGUAAAGGAGACACUAGCAUGUUGAGACCUACACUCAUGGCCGCUGUACCGGAAAUAAUGGACCGUAUUUAUAAAAAUGUGAUGACAAAAGUGGAGGGCAUGAGCAAAUUGCAGAAGACGCUUUUUGUGCUGGCAUACAACUACAAGAUGGAGCAGAUUUCCAAAGGCUACAGCACGCCUCUCUGUGACAGUCUAGUGUUCAAGCGGGUCCGGGCGCUGCUGGGUGGCAACACACGGGUGCUGCUCUCAGGCGGAGCUCCGCUGUCGGCCGCCACGCAGCGCUUCAUGAAUAUCUGCCUGUGCUGCCCCGUGGGGCAAGGCUACGGGCUGACAGAGACCUGUGGAGCCGGCACCAUCAGUGAGGUUUGGGACUACAGCACUGGACGGGUUGGCGCACCGCUUGUUUGCUCAGAAAUUACGCUCAAGGACUGGGAAGAGGGUGGAUACUACAGCACGGACAAGCCUAACCCGCGUGGGGAAAUCUUAAUUGGUGGACCCAACGUGACGAUGGGUUACUACAAAAACGAAGACAAGAACCGAGAGGACUUUUUCGUGGAUAGGAAAGGCCAGCGAUGGUUCUGCUCCGGAGACAUCGGAGAGUUUCACUCUGACGGAUGCCUCAAGAUCAUUGACCGCAAAAAGGACCUGGUAAAACUACAGGCUGGCGAGUACGUCUCUUUGGGAAAAGUGGAGGCAAUUCUGAAGAACUGCCCACUCGUAGACAAUAUUUGUGCCUAUGCCAACAGUGACCAAUCGUACGUGAUCAGCUUUGUGGUGCCUAACCAGUUACUGCUGAUAGCACUGGCGGAGCGGUUGCAGGUGCAGGGUACGUGGGAGGAGAUUUGCAACAACCCCCAGAUGGAGAAGGAAGUACUGCGCAUCCUCACAGAGGCCGCUAUCUCAUCAAAACUGGAGCGGUUCGAGAUCCCCAAAAAAGUCCGGCUGAGCGCAGAACCCUGGACACCAGAGACUGGCCUGGUUACGGAUGCAUUCAAACUGAAACGCAAAGAGCUCAAAACGCACUACCAAGAAGACAUUGAGAGGAUGUACGGAGGGAAAUAACAUGCACACGCACAUAACUAAUACACAACUGGCUCCGAAGCCCCCCAAAAGGUAAGCUUGGGGGUGGGUGCGUUAUGCUUUUGAUCCGCACAAGACAGACCCCGCCAAUGAUCAAGACAGAAAGAAUCCAGCCUAACUGUCCCUUCUACCUUCUAUACAACCAGUGACUCGCACUCCCGAGCAGCUCUUAGUGAUGGAGUUGCUGUGGCAACCAAGGCCACGCACGGACUUCUGCAUGAAGGGAAACCAAUAUCAGCUUUGGAUGUACAUGGUUCAGCGUCUGCGGCCCUCCUAUUUCUCGCUCCUCCUCGAGGCGCCCACUGCUGGUACAGCUUGGCCAAAAUAAACUCUAGGGGCAAAUAUGGUCAUAUGAGCUUGCACCUUAUGGCAGGAUCCCUUGUGGGUGUUUAAAACAGGUAAAUAUGGGGUUAUAAAAUAUUUCCCCCCCCCCCCCCCGUCUUUAUCAACAGUUAAUAGAAUCACCAAUAGAGAGUGAGAAUGCAAAAGGUCACGUUUCCCAACAUUACCUGAGCCAAUGCGCAUAUUUUAUGACAAACAAAAAGUAAUUGUGAUUUUAUUCGGUUCAUCAUAUUUUCAGAAGAAUGGCAAAAAAUAAUAAUAAUUGUGAUUUUGUACGUUUCAUCAUAUUUGUACCAAACAAAAGAAAAUUCCAAUUCGGUGGCGGUAAACAGUUACAUUCCAGUUGACAAAUAUAAGUGUCCACGGCAGUGAAUGAGUGAAUUGGUCCAAAAACUAUUUACUACUACUAAUAUAUUUUUGUUCCUCUAUCUAUGCCCACGACAUAAAGUGACAGGCAGAACAAUUAAAUGGUCUCUCACUUUUUACCCACUUUUUGUGAUGUUAUUGCUCAGGUGUACUGUAUUUUUAUAAUGUAAAGUAUGUGCUUUUGCUCAAAGGUUGGGAAACACUACACUGGUUUAACAAGUUUAUGAAAUAAGCCGUUCAUUAGUUAUUAGUUAGUAUAAAGAAUUUCAGGGUUCUUGCUCAAUACUGGAAUGAUUCUUUUUUAGUUUCAUUGUAGAGUCCAGAUUUUUGUGCCCUUUUGUUGCUUCUGGUCUUUUUUUUUUUGAUGGUGGAGAAAGUGUUGCAAAGCCAUGAGAGAUCAGUCGGAUGUUUUUAUGUAUUCAUUGGAGGGUUUUAUUCUUUUGACAUCUGUAUUUUUUUUAUUCACUAUUUUCUGUGAUUGUGUUUUGUAUGUUUCCUUCCCCAAAUGACUCAAAAGAUGACUGAACAAAUUUUUAUACUCAUCCCAAAGUUUGUUUACUUGAGUACGUGUUUACCGAUUUGACAACGGCCUUCUUGUCUACUUGGCUCUCUGGUCUUUGUGGUGUCGGUUUUGCACUUGUGUGCUGCUAGUUUGAUUCCACUCCAAUAUGAGAAACCCCGUCUAGACGGUUCAGAAACUAUGGCGUCACGAUGUUACUCUUGUCAUGAUGCGCCCUGUCGGGUUGAGGCUUACAUAGUAUUUAUCUUCCUCUUUUGCUGUGAUGCGCACUUGACAGGUUGGGACAGAUUAACGUUAUCUUCUCAUCAUGAUGCACCUUGUCGGGUUGCAGCUAACUUAAUGUUAUAGUCGUCACGCCAUGAUGCGCCUCAUCGGGUUGCGGCUAACUUAAUAUUUUGUGUUCCUUUCAUCAUGAUGCACAUUGUCGUAAUGCAACUAACUUAUUCCGUUAACAUUCUUCUCAUUAUGAUGCGCCCUGUCGGGUUGGUGCAAACUUACUAUCUUCUCGUCAUGAAACACCUUGUGGGGUUGAUAUUAGAUUGCUAGUUUAGGUCUCGUCAUGAUAGACCUUGUCGUGACAUGACUAACUUACUACGUUCCAUUCUUCUUGUCAUGAUGUUCCCUGUCGGGUUCUGGGUAACUUAAUUUUAUCGUCCUCGUAACGAUGCGCCCUUGUCGGAUAGGGGCAAACUUACUGUGUCAUGUUCCUCUUGUCAUUGUGCACCUUGUUGAGUUGUGGGUAACUUAUGUUAUGCUCUUUAUCAUGGGUCGCCCUGUCGAGUUGUGGCUAGUUUUGUAUGUUAUGUUCUUCUCGUCAUCCUGCGACUAACUUAUUACGCUAUGUUCCUCUCAUCUUAAUGCGCCUUGAUGGGUUGCGGCUAAGUUUACCUCUCGCUCAUUAUGAUGCCCCUUGUCGGGAUGUAGCUAACCUGUUCUAGCUUCCUCUCAUCAUGUUGCACCAAGCUUAUUAAACUGUUCAUUGCUUCAUGAUGUGCCGAGGCUAAUUGCGACAAACUUAACUAUGUUAGAUCCCUCUCAUAAUGAUGCGAUGUCAGGUUGCAGCUAACUUUUGUCAUGGUGCAACCUGUUGGGUUGCGGCUAAUUUACUAACUUAUGUUCUCGUCAUCAUGAUGCCCCCUUGUUGAGUUUCGCCUAACUGGGUUUAUUUUCUGCUCGUCAUGGUGCGCCCAUUCAGCUCACUACGCCGUGGCGAGCUGCAACUAACUUACUACGUUAUGUUCCUGUCGUCAUGAUGCGCCUUGUCGGGUUGCGGCUAACCUAUUUUAUCGUCCUCUCAUCAUGGUACACCCAGUUGGGUUUUGGCAAGCUUACUAUGCUGUGUUCAUUGCUUCAAGCUGCGCUUUGGUUAGUUGUAACUAGCUUAAUAUGUUAAGGUUCCUCGUCAUGAUACGCCUUCUCGGGUUGUAACUUAAUUGUUGUAUUCUCAUCAUGAAGCAUCUUGUCAGGUUGAGAUGAGAUUGUUGUUAUGUUGCUCAUCUUCAUGCACCUUGUUGGCUUGUAGAUGACUUACUAUGUUAUCUGUUUCUUGUCGUGAUGCAUCUUUACAGGUUGUGACCAUUUUACUACAUUGUGUGCUUGUAGCCAUGAGGCGCCUUUCCAGGUUGCGGCUAACUUAUCUUAAAUUCCUCUUGUCAUAAUGUGCUUUGUUAACCUGCAGCUUCACCACCAAACUAUAUUCAAGUCAUGAUGCACAUUGUCACAUUGUGGAUAACUUUCUUAGAUUCUUCUCGCCAUGAUGGGCCUUGUGGCGUUGCUGCAAACUGCAUGAACAGUUCUCUUACCACCACCAAAAUAUUUGAGUUAAAGUUACCAAUAAAGCAAUUCAGCAUCAUUUAGCUCACAUUAAAUGGGAUAACACCAGUAAUAUCUUGUAGCAUAAGUGUUGAAUGGAUGUCUCCAAGGGAAAGUAAUGUAGUUAAUUUGCCUUUCCUUUGUUGACUCCCACUUUUUUUUUUUAUUUAUACGUUUAUACUCCCUUCUCAUGCAUUUUGUUUUUACCUGUGAAUAUAAAUAAUACAAAUGAUUGUGCAAUAUUUAUAUGCAAAUAUUAGUCUGAAUUGCAUAGGAAGAUUUCAAAAGAGAAAAGACAGCAUCCCCUCCAUGGAACUUUUUCAAAAGGCAGUUCUCAAUCAGUGUAAUAGAUGUCCAGUAGUAUGACAUAGAAACACAUAGAAGUAAGGGGAGGAUGGUAAAGAGACUGAAAAGCACAUGUAGCUGUGUCAGUGUGCUUAGGUUGUAUUUGAAGACUUGAAGGAAUGGGCAUGAUAAUCAAUGAAUUAAUCGUUAAAUUAAUUAUUGAUGAAUCUUUUCACGACUCUUCCAGACAGCAUUAUUCUGCUUGAUACGACACUGACAUGGAAAGAGAUGGAAUCGAUGCCCAUCCCUAGUUGAAAGUCAAAAUCGGCGUUGUAGAAAUCGCAUGUGCACAACUGCACCAAACCGCAUAGAGUACGUUAUUAGGCAAGAGUGAUACCAAAUGAGCAUCGUGAGGAAAUAAAACAAUCGAUAUCCUUGAUAUCCGGCUUUGUCCUCACUAGUACGAAAAUUCCGCACACUAGUAAAACCACUGUCUUUACUUGCAAUGCUUUUUCCACUACUCUAUGACAUCUAUGGCAUACUAGUAGGAAAAUGUUACUAGUGAGGCAAAACAGUGCACUAGUUCAUGCAUACUAGUACUACUAGUCAAGUGCUCGAUAGUAGAAUUUUAUGUCACGAAUAGUACUAGUAGCACGCAGUUGUCAACAGUUUUGCCUCACUUGUAACAUCGUCCUACUAGCAUAAGGUGUUCUACUAGUGAGGCUACUAGUACAUGAACCUAAAGCUGGAUAUCAAGGACAGUGGAUAAAUGCUCAAGCGGCUUCCCAUACACUCCUAUAUAUUACUGAAAUAAUCACUUGUGUGGUGUGAAUUUAAUUUUUUUUUUUUAAUCAGACUUCAAGUAUCAUUGAAAAUUAAUGUGAUACUAUUAGUGCAUUGUAUAUGUAUAUAUAUAUAUGUGUGUGUGUGUGUGUAUAUAUAUAUAUGUAUAUAUAUGUAUGUAUACAUA